UAGUUUCAAUAUUUUUCAGUUUAAACAGCAAAAUUUUGACAAAAUUAUUUAAAAAUAGAUUCUAACAAACAUUUUGUGGUUUUUUAUAACCUUUAUCUUAUAAUAAAACAGUAAAUAACUUUCUGCAGGUUGAAGUGGAUGUCCUACCGACUAUUCGCACUGAAAUUCCAUGGAUAAAAAAUCGAUUUACUUGUCAAAAAGUGAUCCAGCUGGUAAUUAAAACUAAACAGUUGGCGAAAACCAUAAAUUAGAUAUUCCCAAUUUUGGUUUCAUAAUUUUUUCAUUGUCAAACUUUGCCUUCAAAACGGCGGAAAAGUUUCACGAUGAACUUCGGAAGCCGAUUCAGAAACCGAUUUUAUUCAAUUUCGAUUGGUUUCAACUUUAUAUUAAUAUUAAUUGUGUUUAUCGGUGCUGGUUAUUAUACCAAAUUGAAGACUUCACAGGGCGAAACAUGGAGGUCGGACACAGCUGCAGCUAAUUUUCAAAAACAGCUUCAGUUAAAACAAUGGGACUACUUUGAAAUAAAUGACACUUUUGUAAAUGAGAACUGUCAAUUGGAGUACAAGAUCUUAGAGUAUUUGGACAUGAGUAAGAAGACACCUCAGAUUUGUGCCGCCACAGAAGCCGAAGACGGGGCUCCAAGCAGGAAUUUGCAUAAGGAAGGAAUAUGGGAGAAACGUUUCCAGACGGUCUUCUUUGGUGAAGUUCUUCCCAUGUUUCCAGAAGCAGUGUUUAUCGACAUCGGAACCCAACUUGGAACUUACACAAUACCAGUUGCUGCUCUCGGAAAAACAACCUACAGUUUCGAGCCAGUGCGUCGAACAGUUGAAUUUCUUCGACACUCGAUUGCACUGAAUAACUUCAACGACAGAAUCCACCUCUACAACUACGCUUUGAUGGAUUCAAUUUACUGUGUUCAAAUUACAAGACCUGUCUCAAAUCCAUAUCUGGGUCGAUCAAUCAUGACCAAAACCGAUGACUGCAAUCAGAAAUUAGAUGGGGUUAAUGUAGCAGUUUUGGACAACUUACUUCCAAUUCUCAAGAAGGACAAUGUCAAGCAGGCAAUACUGAAAAUAGACAUAGAAGGCUCCGAAGCUAAAGCGAUUCUUGGAGGUCUGAAACUUUUCAGAGAAAUCGACAUUGCCGUCAUCCAGAUGGAGUUCCACGUUAUUCAGUCAAAAAUGCGAGACGGUACCAAGGAAGAAGGAGAAAUCGUCAUGAAAUUCAUUGAGCAGAUGAAAGAAAUGGGUUACAAGGCCAGCCCGGUUGUCCGUCAAAACAAAAACUCUAAAUGGUACGCGGCUAAGAAUGUUCUUUCCUAUGAUAAGUUGUUUAAGCGGCCUACUGACGUAUUGUGGCAUCGAUUGUCAUAAAAUUCAGCAGCAAAAAAACCUGAAAAAUAAUGCGAUGUUCAUAUUACGACGGCGACCCGAUGCUUCUGUAAUAAUUGCAUAAUAUGUUCCUAUUUGUAAAUUAAUCACGUUCAAUUGUAAACAUAACUGGCUGACGAGUUUUGCCAAAAAUAAAGAGUUUUAUACUUUGUUAGUAGCAGCAUACGAUGAAUGAAUUGUUCUUUCAAUCUUUUGUUGGGAUUUUAUUGUUUUUUCUUCUUUUUAUAAUCAAAUUCAUGGGACCAACUUAACAUCUUA